UCAUGCUGCUGCCAGGUCCAGAGUCUCUCAUGGGUCCCUGUACGGCCUCCCAUUGCUGCUGUCUCCAUCGCCACACUCUGCCAUGUGCCACUUUCAGGUCUCCUCACACUGCUGGUGUGUUGAAUUUUUUUGACAUAGGGUGCUGGCAGAUUACGGGCCUCCCAUAGCUGCUGCCAGGCCCCUAAUCUGCCAUGGGCCCCUAUAUACCGCCUCCUCAUGCUGCUGCCAAGUCCAGAGUCUCUCAUGGGUCCCUGUACGGCCUCCCAUUGCUGCUGUCUCCAUCGCCACACUCUGCCAUGUGCCA